CGUGUUCCUGGUGGUCAUGUGCUUUGUGGUGGCUUUCGUCCUGUUCUUCUGCCUCGUCUUCGUCAUACUGUUGGGAGGCGCCAUGAAGGAGCCAAGUGAUCCAGUGGAAGUCUUGGUGGGGAAGCACAUAGACGCCAUCUCCCGCGCCCUCCAAGCGUCCAACAUACAGAAACCUCUCCACCUGGCGGCCAGCACCUCGACCACCUUCAAACCAAAGACCACCGCGGAUCCCAGUACUGCGACCCCAAGUGCUAGCAAAAAGGUACUUAAAACAAACACGAACCCCAGCAGUGCGACCACUAGCACGUCAAAGAAUACGCAAGCUCAGGAACCCACCAAUCCCACGGACCCCAGCUCUGAGACCGGCAAAACAACCGGAACUGGCUCAACGAAAGUCUGAGUACCGAUGAGCGAACGUUUGAGAACCACUGUCAACG